UGCAAAUUGAAUAAAAAUGAAUUAAUUGUGAAGUUGAAUUCAACGUAACCAAAAUGGCGUCCACGUUUCCUCCUGACUGUUUACUGCGUGACAUUCGAACCGGUGCUACUAGCACAUGGUUUGUUUUUUAAAUAGUACCUCAAAGUAAUCAGACCGUCUGAAAAAACAGAAAGUGAAAGAUGCCGAAGUCCAAAAGAGACAAGAAAAUCACACUUACAAAGACCAGCAAGAAGGGACUGGUUCUGAAACAACAGAUCGUCGAAGACAUCCGUAAAUGUGUAACAAAGUAUAACAGCAUUUUUUUGUUCUCCGUUCAAAACAUGAGAAAUAACAAACUUAAGGACAUCCGGGCUGAAUGGAAGGACAGCAGGUUCUUUUUUGGUAAAAACAAAAUCAUGGCGCUUGGCUUGGGCAAAUCUCCCGAGGAAGAAGUCGAAGAUGAAAUACACAAAUUAUCUGCCGCUCUCAAAGGCCAGUGUGGGCUCCUCUUCACCAACAGACCUAAGGAUGAGGUCUUGGACUGGAUGGAACAAUAUGGUGAAGAGGAUUAUGCACGCUCAGGUUUUGUCGCAAAUGAGACAAUAACAAUACCUGAGGGACCGAUGCCAGAGUUUGCGCACAGUAUAGAACCACAUUUGAGGCAGUUGGGACUUCCCACAUCACUUCAAAAGGGAGUUGUAACAUUGCUCAAGGAUCACGAAGUUUGCAAAAAGGGCCAGACACUCACUCCAGAACAAGCCAGAAUACUGAAACUCAUUGGCAAGGUAUUAGCAACAUUCAAGUUAACGCCUCUUGGGGUAUUUGUCAAGAGUGAAGGAUACAUGCCAAUUGCUACAGAUGAUAACGAUGAUAAUGAAGAUGACAAUGUAGAGAUGGAAACAGAAGACACAACAGAUACCUGAAAUCAGAAUUAAAAAUGACCUAAAAAUGUACAUAUUGAAUAAAAAAUUGUUUUUCCAUU